AUGGCAAUCCCGAGUCCGCACAGUUUCUUCGGAUUGUCGUUACAGCCACUCCAACCGCCGCUCUCAGCGGAGCAGGUUCAUAUCCCAGCACCCGUUGCAUUGAUUUCCCAGCCGGCGAAGCGACUCUACUGGACGCUGCAGGGCCCUCUCACCUCGUCCAUCUUCAUUAUGCCCGAGGACUACAGCCCAGAGGCUCCGCGCGAGCCCUACUUCCAACAAACACUCACCGACACGACCUGGCACCCGAUCUCCCAGGAGGCCAUGACGGAGCAGCCGGUCGCUUCUCUUACCGUUGGGGAGGAGCACCUGAGCGAUUGGCAGGACACAUGGUGGACGUUGAACCAGGAAGGGUUCGACGAGGACGUGCAGCCGGCGCCUGACGAUGAACCGCCUACGUUUGAGCCGGCUGGUGGUCACGGCGUCGGGGGGUUUCGUCACGGUGCACGAUUUUGUGACGGCGGUGCACCCGUGGCUGAUGAUGCGGCGGGAACUGAUUUUUCUGAGGGCUAG